GUGACAGGAAUCCCAGCCCGGCGACUUAGCCUGAGCUUGGCCACCCCCAACCCCCAAGCUUCUAGGUUAACCCGUGCCGCGCCGCUCAGCCCCAGGAGCUCCCCGCUGCGCGCUCUGCUGGAGGCAGGAUGGGGCUUGUGGGGAAGUGGGGACGUCGCCACCCCAAUUCCAGACCUUCAGUUUUGCCGCCCGCUCUUGGCACUUCCUUUCUCCCUUCCCACCCUUGGGGCCUGAGCUGCUGAGAGGUAUUGCGAGCGAGGAGAGCCAUGGCUCUAAAAGGACAAGAAGAUUAUAUUUAUCUUUUCAAAGAUUCGGCGCAUCCAGUGGAUUUUCUGGAUGCAUUCAGAACAUUUUACUUGGAUGGAUUAUUUACUGAUAUUACCCUGCAGAGUCCUUCGGGCAUAAUCUUCCAUUGUCACAGAGCUGUUUUAGCUGCCUGCAGCAAUUAUUUUAAGGCCAUGUUCACAGCUGACAUGAAAGAAAAAUUUAAAAAUAAAAUAAAACUCUCUGGCAUCCAUCAUGAUGUUUUGGAAGGCCUUGUGAAUUAUGCGUACACUUCACAAAUUGAAAUAACGAAAAGAAACGUUCAAAGUCUGCUAGAAGCAGCAGAUCUGCUCCAGUUCCUCUCAGUAAAGAAGGCUUGCGAGCAGUUUUUGGUAAGGCACCUGGAUAUUGAUAACUGUAUUGGAAUGCACUCCUUUGCAGAGUUUCAUGUGUGUCCAGAACUAGAGAAGGAGUCUCGAAGACUUCUGUGCUCAAGGUUUAAAGAAGUCUGGCAACAAGAAGAGUUUCUGGAGAUCAGCCUUGAGAAGUUCCUCUUUAUCUUGUCCAGGAAGAACCUCAGUGUUUGGAAAGAAGAGGCUAUCAUAGAGCCGGUUAUCAAGUGGACUGCUCAUGAUGUAGAAAAUCGAAUUGAAUGCCUAUAUAACCUCCUAAGCUAUAUCAACAUAGAUAUAGAUCCAGUGUACUUAAAAACAGCAUUAGGCCUUCAAAGAAGCUGCAUGCUAACUGAGAAUAAGAUACGCUCUUUAAUAUACAAUGCGUUGAAUCCCAUGCAUAAAGAGAUUUCCCAGAGGUCCACAGCCACCAUGUAUAUCAUUGGAGGCUAUUACUGGCAUCCUUUAUCAGAGGUUCACAUAUGGGAUCCUUUGACAAACGUUUGGAUUCAGGGAGCAGAAAUCCCAGAUUAUACCAGGGAGAGCUAUGGUGUUACAUGUUUAGGACCCAACAUUUAUGUAACUGGAGGCUACAGGACAGAUAACAUAGAAGCUCUUGACACAGUGUGGAUCUACAACAGUGAAAGUGAUGAGUGGACGGAAGGCUUGCCGAUGCUCAAUGCCAGGUAUUACCACUGUGCAGUCACUUUAGGUGGCUGUGUAUAUGCUCUAGGUGGUUACAGAAAAGGGGCUCCAGCCGAAGAGGCAGAGUUCUAUGAUCCAUUGAAAGAGAAAUGGCUUCCUAUUGCAAACAUGAUUAAAGGUGUGGGAAAUGCUACUGCCUGUGUCUUACAUGAAAUUAUCUAUGUCAUUGGCGGCCACUGCGGCUACAGAGGGAGCUGCACAUAUGACAAAGUGCAGAGCUACAAUUCAGACAUCAACGAAUGGAGCCUGAUUACCUCCAGUCCACACCCAGAAUACGGAUUGUGCUCAGUUCCCUUUGAAAAUAAGUUAUAUUUAGUAGGCGGACAGACAACCAUCACAGAAUGCUAUGACCCUGAACAAAAUGCGUGGAGAGAGACUGCGCCCAUGAUGGAAAGGAGGAUGGAGUGUGGGGCUGUCAUCAUGAAUGGAUGCAUCUAUGUCACCGGAGGCUACUCCUACUCAAAGGGGACUUACCUUCAGAGCAUCGAGAAAUAUGAUCCAGAUCUUAAUAAGUGGGAAAUAGUAGGCAAUCUUCCGAGUGCCAUGCGAUCUCAUGGAUGUGUUUGUGUGUAUAAUGUCUAAUUGAAUCCUGUAAUCACUGUUUGGGAGUAUAGUAGAUGAAUGCAGGUUUGGGGGUCCCUCACUUGUUACUGUGGUUUGGCACAUGCUAGAGGAUUAGUAGAUUUUAAUUCUUAACUCUACAACAUUCCCAAACCCAGUGAUUAACGGCCAAGAAAAAAAUCUUACGUAUAUACACAGUUGGAUCAGUAGGGUUAAACCCUAUAAUUUCUGCUUUUCAAAGGUAAUGUGGGAUAUCUGGCACUUGAUGAAGGGUGAGAGACCUUUGUAGUGAAUCUUUUCCUCCUGGUAGCAUCAACACUGGGCGUAGGUCAAAGUCAUUCUGUGUAAUGCAAUGUCUCUUUAAGAGCCUAGGAUGUAAUAGAUAGUGUAUAUUAAAAUUCUCUUUAGCUGGCAGGAAUCUGAAAUGUAUAGAGGGAAUCUUGUCUACCUCUACAAAAUCAACACUUAAUUUUUGUCCCUUUAGAAUGAUCUAGAAUGUGGAUUUAAGUAUAAUUUCUUCCUCUGUAAUGUAUAUAAUUUAUUGCUAGCAUUCUUUAUUUACUGACUACCAGAGCUAUACAAAAUGCUGUGCAAAGGAUUGUUAUUGUUCAAACCAUUUACAAACUAAACUUAAAAGGUGAGCAAAUCUUAAAAAAAAAAAAAAACUUACAGAGAAAAUAGUGAAAUGUUUGCUGAUGCUGAGGGCUGUGUUAAUUCUCAGCUGGGGUAUAAACUGCUAGCUUAGGUGUCUUUAGCUUAAGCAUGUCAGAGAUCCUCUCUAUAAGGUAGAGUUACAUGUCUGCUUGAAUCUGAGAGGCAGAUGGCCUGCAGAGGAAUUUGACAAGAAGAAAUUCACACUCAUUUUCCAGCUCUGCCACUAACCAGAUCUUGUGACUCAAUCACUGAACCUAUCUGUGACUUCCUGAUCCCCAUAUCCACAGGCUCAUAAAUGUGUCUAUUCCAGAUCUCCUCAGUCUUUGAGGCCAGAGGAGGCCUGGGUGACUGGAGCCUGUGGGCCAGAAACGCCUUUGUCUAUCUUCCUCUGUGUGCCUACAGGGUCACUUCCCAAAUGUGCCAUAAAAGGUGGGAGGUGCUGCUGAAGUUAACUUAUCUAAACAGUUAGCCUGGCAUGGUAGAGCACACCUUUAAUCCUAGCACUCAGCAGGCUGACUGAGGUAGGAGGAAAUCCGAGAGUUCCAAGCUAGCCUGGAGUUACAGAAUACGUUCUUGGUCAGCCUGGGCAGGUGUGAGAUCCUACCUCGAAAAGAAAUAAACUUUUAGUGAUCUGUGAGACCAUCUGUUCCAUGCUGUUUUUCUAAAGAUAUAAUACUUAUUUUUUACUUUAAGUAUUGAAGUUUAAAACUACUUCUGAUUCAGACAAAAAAAAAAAAACUUUUAAGAAAAUACUUUUUAAUACAUUGACCUCAGAUGACAUUUUAAGUAGAUGUUAACCCUUUGAAAUUGUAGUAUGGUACUUUGUAACAAGAGCCAUAAAAGUUUAUCCUUUGCCCAUGGACUCAAGUUUUCAGAUUUAAAAAACAACAACAGAACCAGGUGAGGCGGUGCAUGCCUUUAAUCCCAGCACUCAGGAGGCUGAGGUAGGAGUAUCACUGUGGGUUCAAGGCCACCCUGAGACCACAUAGUGAAUUCCAGGUCAGCCUGGGCUAGAGUAAGACCCUACCUGGGGGAAAAAAAAAAAAAAGACAGCAUUAUAAAUAAUAGCAAAAAUAUUGGGGAAAUCUACAUGUCAAAGAAAGUGUGCUAAUAAAAGAAGUGAUGUACAGUGCCAUGAAAACAACUAUUUGAAAAGACUGCAUAGAAACAUGGGUGUGUCUAUAAUAAAUAAAAGAAGCACAAUACAAAACAGUAUGCACGCUGUGGUGUGACUUGAGUCUUCAUGCAUGUGGAAGGUAACAUGCAAAAUAAAUUCAUUGUGUUAGUACAAGGAGAUAUGGAAUGAUUUUUAACUUAUUUGUCCUUAAUAUUACUUUGUAUUUUCAAUAAAAACAAACAACACUG